CAACACUAUGGCCACUUUAUACACAGCGCUGUGUGCGCUCUUCAUUUAUCAGCAGGUCAGUUCUGUUGUAUCUGUUUGUCUGACCGGAUGCUCCUGUACAGACGAAACCUUCGGCCGGUCUUUGCUGUGUAUGGAGCUUCCUUUUGUACGGAUCCCACCAAACAUUCCUGAGAAUUUCAUCAAAAUCCGCAUUGAAAAAUCGCAUCUAACUGAAAUCCCGCAGGGUGUGUUCUCUCAAAUCAGUGCCUUAAUGUUCCUAUGGCUAAACUUUAACGAUAUAACUCUGAUGAAUGUUAGAAGUCUAGAGGGACUGCACAACUUGACAGAAUUACGCAUACAGGGCAACAAACUGCGUUCGAUACCGUGGACCGCUUUUCAGGACACUCCAGAACUUAAAAUUUUAGACCUGAAGCACAACCGGAUAGACGUGCUCCCUGAAUACGCACUGCGCCACCUGCUCGCUGUAACCUACUUAGAUUUAUCCUUCAAUCAGCUUAUGAUCGUAUCCAGGGACGUGUUCCUCAACUGGCCACGAUUUUAUUCACAGACACGAGGCAGGAAAGAGGAACAAACGAAUGUCGUUCUGGCGCUGCACGAUAAUCGUUGGCUGUGUGACUGUCGACUCAAAGGAUUCAUUGAAUUCAUCAAUGCUGUUGGUCCACCGAUUAUUCUGAUGAACUCGUACAUGACGUGUUCAGGUCCUGAGAGCAGAGCUGGAAAGUUCUUUCAUGAGGUGGAGUUGAAGACAUGUUUAAAGCCAGAAACCUUCAGUCCUCAAACAAACAUCACACUUCCUCUGGGGUCAAAUGUCACUAUGAGGUGUUUGGUGAAAUCGAGGCCAGAGGCAGUUGUCCACUGGAGCUACAGUCUAAAAAGCAUCAGAGGAUUUACAGUUUCUCAGAUGCAGUUAGAUGUGGACACCAUCAGUUCCGCUCUGAUCAUUCCGGUGCUUCAUGCAGCUGAUCGAGGCAUUUACACCUGCACUGCCAACAACUUCAUCGGAAACUCCUCCAUCAAUAUCUGGGUUGAUGUUCAAUCCAACAAUUCCUCUUUCCCGCUUUCAACCGCCAUCGAUGAAAAUGUGUAUAUUGAUGUACGCAUCGCCGAGCAGACGGUCUACGGCGUCACGGUCGAGUGGUUCACAUUGACUGAGAAACCUGCCAAAACCUGGUUCACCGUUUAUUUCGGCCGCUAUGACACACCAAAGAAAGAUGCCAUUUACAUGAGUCCAGGAAGCAACAGCUACUCCGUCAACGGUCUGCUUCCCCUCACGAAAUAUGAAGUGUGUGUGACGGUGAGAAACCAUGCGCCACGUGACAGCCAGUGUGUCGUGUUUGUGACGGGCAGCGACACAAAUGAACGGGAGCGACGAGAGAGACUGAUUCACAUCAUCGUCAUCGUUUGUGCGAUGGUGCUCGCGGUCCCAGCGGGAAUGUUCGUGUGCACGACCAACACCAGAUGCCGCUGCUGUGAGAGCUGCGCAGAACUGUACAACAGACAGCGACGACACGAGAAAGACCUGCGGCCUGGCGAGAGACACGGGAGACAGAACACGUUUGACAGUCUGCAGGCCGCCAGUGAUGAAAAACUGUGCCGAGACUCUGCUGAAGAGAAAAAGACACGGAUCAAAGAAGAUAAAGCACAGAAAGGAAACAGCGCACAGUUGUAUUAAUAACACACAUGUACAUGUAGUAGAGCAAAGUUUGCCAUGUUUUGUUUGUGGGCUGAAUAGAAGAAAACAUUCACUGAAUGCACCUUAAUUUUGUCUUCCAUUUUCAGUGGGAGAGUUUUAUUAUCAGUGCUGUAUCGUUUAAGUGCUGUAUUAAAUGAAUUCACAGCAUGUGCAUUGUUUUAAAUGUUUUGAACUUAAUUUAAAUAUCAUACUUUCUUAAGGAAAAGGGAAUUAAUUAUUGUCUUAUGUUAAUCACAUUUAUGCAAUCUCUGAAGCUCAGAAAUCUAAACCAGAUAAAUUAGCUUAAAACCGUAACACUUUGCUAGAUGCGUGAUAAUUAUUACACAAGAAGAUCUGGGCAUUUGUUUUGUUUGAAGGGACAUGUAUAUAUAUUUUUAAUAAUUCAUAUUAUAAUUAAACAUCUAACAAAAUCUUUUUCUUAUUUUCUAGAUUUACGUCUGUACUUUUCUGGUUUAUCAUGAAAACUCAAUACUGUGGUUUUGUCGCUUCUGUAUGGAUAAUCACUUGUGAUAUUCCUCAUUUGUAAGUCACUUUGUAUAAAAUUAUCUGUUAAAUGAAUAAACGUAAAGUGGAACAGUCAAAAAAUGAACAGCAGGACAAUGAUGGAUCUCUUUUCACUUGACACUUUUAGAAAAAAGG